ACGUUUCGCGUAUAUCAGCCGAAAACGGGUUAUUUUGGCAGGUCGAAGAACCACAUCUACUUAUCUUUCCAACACAGAUAACCAUAAAUCCAAUCCAAUCGGGUUCUCAAGCAUCAAGCAUAGCAAACAAUUCGGUCACCGUGAGUUCGGUAUACAAUGGCCCGAUUUUGAGCGGUCAAGUUUCCGUGCUAACGAGUACCGUAAUCGGUUCGAACAACGUCGUCACGCAAACUAUCCCCGUCGGAUCGGGGAGUGUCAAUCAAGUUUCCGUGAAUGAUUCCAUUGUUAAUCACAAUGGAAGCAGUCACGUUAAUAUCAGCGGUCCCAGUACUGUCACAACGAGGCGAGCGAAUAAUACAAGCGUGACAAUCGUAAACGCGAACCAAGGGGCGGCCUCUCAAAGAAUGAGCGUUUUCGAACCGUACCCGAUGAGAGACACCGUGCAGCACUUCUGCGAAAAGCACUUGGAUAAAAUUAAGAUCUACAUGGAUAAAGUGUCCUCGAAAAUUCCCCCACCCGCCAAAUGCACUAUCGAAGAAAGGCGGCACAAAAAAUCGGCGAAACUGCACUUCGCCUGUCAAGCUCGCGGCCAGCAUUGUCUGUAUUCGAAGACCUUCUUCACGAUGCGAACGAGGAAUCCGCGCAUCUGGAUACACCUGAUGUUUAUCGCGCUACAAGCUCGAUCGCCCCACGCCCUAAGCUCGAGGGACGCGAGCGUCACAAGCCUGAAGCACUGCUGGGACAUGCUCAAGUGCGAAAAUAAGACAUUCUUGACUCUUGUAACGAGCGCGUUUCCGUGCUCCAAGGACCAAGAGAUGCUGCUCAACGAGCUGAGGCAUUCGGGAUUCUUCGACGUUUUCCAAUUGUGCCCCGGAAACAUCGGGGGUUCGUCCAGUCACAUCGAGAACGGCAUUAAAUUUCAGUGGGGCUGUUUUCUGUGCGCCCAUCCGGAGAGGGCGGUGGGAUUUUUAAGAGGUGAUACUCAACCUGUGAUAGAGGGGCAGCUUAAAGAGAAGAAGGGGAAGUGGAAGCUCUUUCGGAGGUGGAGGACGAGGUAUUUUACGUUGUCGGGCGCCCAUUUAUCAUGUAAAGGAUCUAGCGGGGGUGAAAGCAUCGACGUAAAUCAAAUAAGAUCCGUAAAGGUAUCCCGUGGCGCCCGAAACAUACCGAAGGCCUUCGAAAUCUUUACGGGCAACCAGUCGUUGAUCCUAAAACCGAAGGACGGUAAAAACGCCGAAGAAUGGGUACAAUGUCUAAGUAUCGUCGUCGCCCACUCGCACGCCAAGGAAUUGCCGGCCAAAACACACUGUUUGAUUUAUAGAGGCUAUACCUUUGGACCAAAAGAUUUUCCUUUUCUCGUUACCUGGAUGUGAUAUAAAAUGAUUAUUCCGCUACUCGAACAAGUAUAAAUGUGACACAAUCCCAGUUUAAACAUCACAUUUAAUUUAUCGUUUUUUUUUAUGAUGAAAGACAACUACAAUGUUAUAAUGUACUUAUAUACUUAAAUAGCGUAUUGAUCAAAAUUUUUUAUUUUUGAAAUCUUUUAAAGGACAUAUGUAUUUUUAUGAAUAUUUAUAUUAUCUGUUUAUUCUAAAACAUUCCAAUGCUUGUAUGUGCAUAUUUUAUUAUUGUUACGAAAUAAAUAUUGGUUU